UGUGGACCCGGUUUCUGGAAGGAGGGAUGUUUGCAGUCCGAGCUGAUACAGUUUCACUUGAAUAAGAGCUUGGGGAAGAAAGGGACAAAGAUGCAGGCGAAAUCAGCAUCACCGCCGGCCUCGGAGCCGGAGCUGUCCCCGGAGCCCUGCAUCCCACAGCCGGCUCCACAGCCGGACCAGCGGCUGCAGGAGGAGAUGGAGAAGCUGGAGGAUGAAAACGAUGAUCUUAAGAUUGAAAUCGAGGAGAUGCGGGCAGAGAUGGAUGAGAUGCGGGACACAUUCUAUGAGGAGGACGCAUGUCAGCUGCAGGACAUGCGCAGAGAGCUGGAGAGAGCAAACAAGAAUUGUCGGAUCCUUCAGUACCGACUCAAGAAGGCAGAGAGGAAGAGGCUCCGCUUCUCAGAUAGCGGCCAGGUGGAUGGAGAGCUGCUCAGGAGUCUGGAGCAAGACCUGAAGGUGGCUAAGGAUGUGUCUGUGCGGCUGCACCAUGAGCUGGAGAGUGUGGAGGAGAAGAGGACAAAGACAGAGGAGGAGAAUGAGAAGCUGAGGCAACGGCUGAUAGAGGUGGAGAUCACCAAGCAGGCCCUGCAGAACGGGCUGGAGAAAGCCAAAGAGCUCUCACUGAAAAGAAAAGGAAGUAAAGAUGGACAGAGGGCAGAGAGGAAGACUCCACAAACCCCUAUCGAGGAAGAAAAUGAGGAUCUGAAAUGCCAGCUAGCCUUCAUCAAGGAGGAAGCCCUCCUGAUGAGGAAAAAGAUGGCGAAGAUCGACAAGGAGAAGGACCGACUGGAUCAGGAGCUGCAGAAGUAUCGCUCCUUCUACGGGGACGUGGACAGCCCUCUGCCUAAAGGGGAAGCUGGCGGACCUCCCACCACCCGUGAAUCAGAGCUGAAGCUCCGCUUACGCCUGGUGGAGGAGGAGGCGAAUAUCCUCGGGAGGAAGAUCGUGGAGCUGGAGGUGGAGAACAGGGGGCUGAAGGCUGAGCUGGACGACAUGAGGGAGGACAGCAUGGCGGCAGCAGGCGUGGAUGGGUCGGGCCGAGGAGGUCAACAGUGCAGAGAACAGGGCGAGGCUCUGUCGGAGCUGAGGCAGCAGCUCCAGCUGGUGGAGGAUGAGGCAGAACUUCUUCGCAGGAACUUAGCAGAUGUGGAAGAAGAGAACAAAAAGGUGACAGGUGAACUCAAUAAACUGAAAUUCAAGGCCGGAUCCCAUGAAGCUGGAUCGAGACAUGGAGGAGCCGACCCGGCUAAAAUGGAGGCCGCGCAGGAGGAGCUGAAAGCAGCCCGUCUGCAGAUCAAUGAACUGAGUGGCAAAGUCAUGCAGCUCCAGUAUGAGAACCGCGUGCUGCUCUCUAACAUGCAGCGCUACGACCUGGCCUCCCACCUGGGCAUCCGGAGCAGCCCGCGGGACAGCGACGCAGACAGCGACGGUGGGAGGGAUGACGACGCCCCUUCGGCCUCGGCUUCCUCGCCUCGCCUCCUCCCGCCACACCGCAAGCGGGAGGGCCCCAUCGGAGGGGAGAGCGACUCGGAUGAGGUGAGGAACAUCCGCUGCCUCACCCCGACCCGCUCCCUGUACUCACCUGUGGAGAGUCGUUUUUUAGGCCGAAGCCUGAAGGACCGGCAGCAGAUGAUAGACGUCCGCAUCGAGGCGGAGCGGCUGGGCCGGACCAUCGACAGGCUAAUCGCUGACACCAGCACUAUCAUCACUGAGGCCCGAGUUUACGUCACAAAUGGUGAACUGUACGCCAGACUGGAUGAGGAUGAAGAGGGUGGCAGAAUCCGAGAGCAUGAGCUGCUGUAUCGCAUCAACGCUCAGUUGAAAGCCUUCAGGAAGGAGCUGCAGAGCUUCAUAGACCGGCUGGACGUCCCAAAGCAGGAGGACAAACAGGAAGAGGAGCCCCUGUCUAUGUUCCAGCCCAUUAUUUUGCUGAUCCUCAUUCUUGUUCUGUUUUCCUCACUCUCUUAUGCCACCAUUUUUAAAUUGGUAUUCCUUUUCACCCUCUUCUUUGUUCUAUAA